AUGAAGGCGGCGAAGCGGGGAGCGAAGGCGCCUCGUGCUGGUGGCGGGCGGGGGGAUCUCAGCGGCCCGCAGAUGCCACCCACCGUCAUCUCUGACUCGCGGUUCGCCGCGCUCCACUCCGACCCGCGCUUCGCGGUGAGCUUCGACAGCAGCCGCUCUGGCUGCUUGACGGUGGGCGUGGAAAUGCGAUGGUUGAAGGUCGCGCUGCUGUCGCCUGCGCGCCCACCUUGGCGGCAGCCCAGUCGCCGUCCUCCAACACGCCACGUGCCUCACCCCCUGCCAUGCCCCUCCCACUUCAUGCCUCUCUCGCAUCCUCUCGCCCUUCCUGCCAAUCCCGCCUGCCGUGCUACACACAUUCGCAGCAAGUCAUUCCGCCUCUCCCCACUUUCCCGUUUCCCCAUCGCCUUUCCCCAGCCCGCCCCUUGUCCGACUCCCCUGCGCCCUCUGUCCGCCCCAUUCGUCCCACGCGCUCUCCAUCUGCCCGACCCUCGUCACCCCCAUGCACCCCUCGUCACUUCCACGCACCCCGCGUCAACCCCCAUGCACCCCUCGCCACCCUUGCGUUCCCCCCCCCAGCGCGUGCCGGUGCGCGAGACGCGCGUGGCGGUGGACGCGCGGUUCUCCGGCAUGUUCCUCUCGGCGCAGUUCGGCGAGGCGGGCGGCGUGGACAAGCGCGGACGGCGGCGCGAGGCGCAGCGAGGGGCCGACCUGAAGCGGUACUACCACGUGGAUGAGGGGGAAGAGGGGGAGGCGGGGGAGGCGGGGGAGGGAGAAGGGGAGGUGAAUGAGGGAAGCGGGGAGAAGGAAAAGCAGGUAGAAGCAAGGGCGCGUAAGGAGGAGGAGGAGGAUGAGGAGGAGAAGGAGGAGGAGGAGGAGGAGGAGGAGGAGGAGGAGGAGGAGGAGGAGGAGGAGGAGGAGGAGGAGGAGGAGGAGGAGGAAGAGGAGGGGGAGGUGCAUGAGAGUGAUGAAGAAGAGGAGGGGGAGGGCUCAGAUGACUCGUCCUCCUCUUCCUCAUCAGACUCGGAGAGUGAGAGCGAUGAAGAGGCUUCAACCGCACAGGUGCUUGCCUUACUCCCACCCCUCUCUUCUCACCUUUUCCCUCUGCACCGCUCCAUUUUCCCACCACCACAUGCUGCUUCGGCCGCUCCCCACUCCCACUCAUCUUUGCUCCACCCCCUCCUCUCUCCCCUCAUCGCCCCACAUCCCGCGCUGCCCCUUGUCGCGCCGCCGCAAGGACAUGGGAGGGGAGCAGGCAAGGACAUGGGAGGGGAGCAGGCAAGGACAUGGGAGGGGAGCAGGCAAGGACAUGGGAGGGGAGCAGGUAAGGACAUGGGAGGGGAGCAUGGGGAAGAGCAGAGCCAUGCACAGUGGCUGGACUACUUCCAUGCACAGUGGCUGGACUACUUCCAUGCACAGUGGCUGGACUACUUCCGUGCACAGUGGCUGGACUACUUCCAUGCACAGUGGCUGGACUACUUCCAUCCACAGUGUCUGGACUACUUCCAUGCACAGUGGCUGGACUACUUCCAUGCACAGUGGCUGGACUACUUCCAUGCACAGUGGCUGGACUACUUCCAUGCACAGUGGCUGGACCACUUCCGUGCACAGUGGCUGGACUACUUCCAUGCACAGUGGCUGGACUACUUCCGUGCUCCGUCUUGCUGCACGCUCACUGCCAUCUCACUGGACAUCCUGGUGGUGCUGCGCUCCUUCGUGCCGCCCGGCGGGCGCAUCACAGCCGUCACCGUGUACCCCUCUGACUUCGGCCGCCAGCAGAUGCACGCCGAGCUUGAGCGCGGCCCCCAGGGCCUCUUCCAGGCGGGCAGGGGGGCAAAGGGGACGGCAGGCAGGGGGCCUCAGGUGCAGGGGGGUGAGGGCGGUGAAGAGGAGGAAGGGGAGAGCAGUGAGGAGGGCGAGGGCGUGGAUGCGGAGAGGCUGAGGGAGUACGAGAAGUCCAAGCUCAGGUACUACUAUGCGGUGGUGGAGUGUGACAGCGCGGCCACGGCGGCACACGUGUAUGGGGAGUGUGACGGCAUGGAGUUUGAGAACAGUGCCAACCAGCUCGACCUGCGCUUCAUCCCCGACGCCAUGGCCUUCAACCACCGACAGCCCCGCGACUCCUGCACCCAGGUGCCAGGGGACUACGAGGCACCGCUGUUCACCACGCGGGUGCUGCAGCACAGCACCUUGAAGCUCACGUGGGACGAGGACGACCCCAUCCGCGUGCGAGCGCUGCGCCGCAAGUUCGCCUCCGACCAGGUGGCGGAUCUGGACUUCCACGACUACCUCGCCUCGUCCUCGGGCGAGGACGAGGAGGAGGGGGAAGAGGAGGAAGAGGAGAAAGAGGAGGAGCAGGACGAGGAGGAAGAGAGAAAGGAGAAUGGUGGCAGGAAGGAGGAGGGAAAGAAGAAGGGCGGAGGCACAAGAGAGAAGCUGAGGAUGCUGUUGAAGGGGCUGGCGGGGGAUGGCGGAGGCAAGGGGAAGAAGGGGAAGGGGAGACCGGGAGAGGCAGAGGGGGAGGAGUCGGAUGGGGAGGGGUGGGGGUCAUCAGGGGUGGAGGGCGACAUGGAGGUCACGUUCAGCACGGGGCUGGCGGCGCUGGGCGACAAGCUGGCGCGGCGCCGCAGCGAGCAGCAGCGCAGUGGCAGCGAGACGGUGUUUGAGGCGUACCAGCGCCAGCGCAAGGAGCGCCGCAAGGAGCGCCGCCGCCUGGCCGAGGCGAGCAAGGCGGCAGGAGGGGGCGCAGGGGGGAGUGCGGAGGAGGAGGCAGGAAGCGACGACGAUUUGUACGACAGCAGGCGCGUGCAGCAGGAGGACGACCCGUUCUUUGCCCUGCCCGCAGAUGAGGACCCCUUUGCUGAUCCCUUCUUUGCCUCCACUCAUGCCGGUGCUGCUGUGGGCAACGGAGGGGCUGGAGUGGUGAAGGGAGUGAAAGCAGGGAAGAGUGAGUAUGAGAGGAAGGCGGAAGAGCGCGAGAGGAAGAGGGCGGAGCGGGAGCAAGAGAGGGCAGAGGAGGAGAGGCGGCGGGCGGAGCUGGAGCUGCUGCUGAUGGAGGGGGGCGAGGGCGGGGGGGUGAAGGGGUUGAACCUCACGGCGCACGCACGCACGGCCAACGAGCAGCGCCGCGUGCAGGGCAGAGGGGCGAGGGGGGCGCAUGGCGCAGCGGGGGAGGAGGAGGCUGACGGGGAGGGAGGAAGAGCACGGUCGGUGGGUGGUGGGGGCAAGGUGGGGAGGGGCGGAAGGAAGGGGAGGAGUGUGGAGCAGGCGGGGCAGGAGGCGGGGCGGGGUGUGGACGUGGACGUGAAUGACCCACGCUUCGCUGCUCUCUUCACCUCUCCGCACUUCGCCAUCGACCCCACCGACCCCCGCUUCCUCAAGUCGUCAGCCCCGCAGCGCCUGAUAGCGGAGAAGCAGCGCCGCCGCGUGCCAAGUGGCGCAGCGGGCGGGGGAGCAGCGGGUGGUGGCGGGAGUGGCAGCAGUGUGAAGCUGGCAUGGUUGUAUAGUACUUUGUGCCGUUUCGAACGCACUCUCGCCGCCUUCCCAUCGAUUCUCGCUCGCCCUCCCGUUCCGAUCAUCCUCGCGCCGUCCGUUCCGUCGUUCGUCCCGUCGCCGUCCCUUCGCCUUCCCGUCACCGUCCCGUCGCCGUCUUGUCGCCUUCCCGUCGCCGUCCCGUCGCCCUCCCUCUCUGUUCGCCUUUCAAUCUCUGUUCGCCAUUCAACUCUCCGUUCGCCCUUACCCUCUCCGUUCGCCCCUCCCCUCUCCGUUCGCCCUUCCCCUCUCCGUUCGCCCUUCCUCUCUCCGUCGCGCUUCCCCUCUCCGUUCGCCCUUCCCCUCUCCGUUCGCCCUUCCCCUCUCCGUUCGCCCUUCCCUCUCCGUUCGCCAGUCCCCUCUCCGUCGCGCUUCCCCUCUCCGUUCGCCCUUCCCCUCUCCGUUCGCCCUUCCUCUCUCCGUUCGCCCUUCCUCUCUCUGUGGCGCUUCCUCUCCCGCCGCCCCUCUUCUCUCCCGUCGCCCCUCUUCUCUCCCGUCGCCCCUCUUCUCUCCCGUCGCCCCUCCUCUCUCCCGUCAACCUUCCUCUCUCUCCUUACUACGUCGCUCUCGCUGUUCUCGCUCGAAGUACUACCGUGCCUGAUUAAAUUGUUUCUUUAA